UGCUGCUGACGGGGCCCGAGUGAGAAGUUGCGGCCUAAGAGCGUUGGGAGCGAGGAGACCGGCCCGGGAAGAUGAACUUCUUGCGGGGCGUCAUGGGCGGCCAGAGCGCUGGGCCUCAGCCUUCUGGAGCCGAGACGAUUCAGAAAUUAUGCGACAGAGUUGCAUCUUCAACAUUACUUGAUGAUCGCAGGGAUGCUGUACGUGCACUAAAAUCUCUUUCAAAGAAAUAUCGCCUGGAAGUAGGGAUUCAAGCUAUGUCCCAUCUUAUCCAAGUGCUCCAGACAGAUCGUUCAGAUUCUGAAAUUAUUGGCUAUGCUUUGGAUACCCUCUACAAUAUCAUAUCCAAUGAUGUGGAAGAGGAAGAACAAGAAGAAAAUUCGCAGAAACCAGCUGAAGACCUUGGAAGCCAAUUUACAGAAAUAUUUAUUAAGCAGCAAGAAAAUGUCACACUUCUGUUGAGCUAUUUAGAGGAAUUUGAUUUCCAUGUCCGGUGGCCUGGAGUGAAACUUCUUACAGUAUUGUUAAAACAGCAGGGACCCCAAGUGCAGCAGAUAAUACUAGUUAGCCCUAUGGGUGUCUCAAGGCUGAUGGACCUACUGGCAGAUUCUAGAGAGGUCAUAAGGAAUGAUGGUGUCCUGUUACUUCAGCAGUUAACAAAAAGUAAUGCAGCCAUCCAGAAAAUAGUUGCUUUUGAAAAUGCCUUUGAGAGAUUGUUGGAUAUCAUAACGGAUGAGGGAAACAGUGAUGGAGGCAUAGUUGUGGAAGAUUGUCUUCUCUUACUUCAAAAUUUGUUGAAGAACAAUAAUUCAAACCAGAAUUUCUUUAAGGAAGGUUCCUAUAUUCAGCGUAUGAAGCCAUGGUUUGAAGUUGGUGAUGAUAAUGCUGGAUGGUCAGCGCAGAAAGUAACCAAUCUACAUCUGAUGCUGCAGCUGGUCCGGGUGUUAGUGUCCCCCACAAACCCACCUGGUGCCACCAGCAGUUGUCAAAAAGCCAUGUUUCAGUGUGGAUUGCUGCAGCAGCUUUGUACAAUUCUGAUGGCAACUGGAGUUCCUGCUGAUAUCCUUACUGAGACCAUUAACACUGUGUCAGAAGUCAUUCGAGGAGGUCAAAUGAACCAAGACUACUUUGCUUCAGUAAAUGCACCUUCAAAUCCACCAAGGCCUGCAAUUGUAGUACUCCUUAUGUCAAUGGUAAAUGAAAGGCAACCGUUUGUGCUGCGCUGUGCUGUCCUUUACUGUUUCCAGUGCUUCUUAUACAAGAACCAGAAGGGGCAAGGAGAAAUUGUGUCAACGCUUCUGCCUUCAACCAUUGAUGCUACUGGGAAUUCAGUCUCAGCUGGCCAGCUACUGUGUGGAGGACUCUUUUCUACGGACUCCCUUUCAAACUGGUGUGCAGCUGUAGCAUUGGCUCAUGCUUUGCAAGAAAAUGCAGCCCUGAAAGAGCAGCUGCUAAGAGUGCAGCUUGCAACAAGUAUUGGGAACCCUCCAGUGUCCUUACUUCAACAGUGCACCAACAUUCUAUCUCAGGGUGAUAAGAUCGACAGACGGGGAAGCAAAGUGCAGACAAGAGUUGGAUUAUUGAUGCUGCUUUGUACUUGGCUAAGCAACUGCCCUAUUGCUGUCACACACUUUCUCCACAAUCCAGCCAAUAUUCCAUUUCUAACAGGACAGAUAGCAGAAAAUCUUGGAGAAGAGGAGCAAUUAGUCCAAGGAUUGUGUGCUCUUUUGUUAGGAAUUUCUAUUUAUUACAAUGACAACUCACUUGAGAAUUAUAAGAAGGAGAAACUAAAGCAGCUGAUAGAAAAGAGGAUUGGCAAGGAAAACUUCAUUGAGAAAUUGGGAUUCAUUUGCAAACACGAACUCUAUUCCCGAGCAGCUCAGAAACCUCAGCCAAGCUUUUCUAUCCCAGACCAUAUGAUGUUUGAUCAUGAAUUUACUAAACUGGUAAAAGAACUAGAGGGUGUUCUAAUAAAGGCAGUUUAUAAGUCUAGUGAAGAAGAUAAAAAGGAAGAGGAAGUGAAAAAAACAUUAGAGCAACAUGACAGCAUAGUGACGCACUAUAAAGACGUCAUUAGAGUACAGGAUCAAGAUCUUGAAGAAUUGAAGAAACAAGUUGAAACUUUAAAAGUUCACAAUGAGCAGUUGCAGACAGCAGUCACACAGCAAGUGUCACAGAUCCAGCAGCACAAGGACCAAUAUAAUCUCCUCAAAGUUCAGCUAGGAAAAGACAAUCAGCAUCAUAGUUCUCACAGCGAUGUCGCUCAAAUGAAUGGUGUUCAGCCAGAGGAAGUCAGCAAAUUGCAUGAGGAGAUAGAAGAAUGGAAGCACAAGCUUGAACUAUUACAGGAACAGCUGAGGGAAAAGGAUUCUUUGAUUGAAAUCUUGAAACUUUCACCAGUAGCAGGAGAAACAAUAGAGCAGUCUUCGCAAACAAAUAAAGCAAGUGGACCUGAGGCUGAUAGUGAACUACAUAAGCACGUUGAAACCUUGAGGACCCAAAUCCAGUCACAGUCCACAGACAUUGUUAAACUUCAGACUGAAAAGCAAGAACUGCUUCAGAAACUGAGUCUAACUCCAGUUGCUAUGUCAGGAGACAAUGGCACUAUUAUGGUAGCAAAAACAGCGGAUUUGGAAGGAAGGCUCUCAACACUCAUGCAGGAGACUAAAGAAUUAAAGAAUGAAAUUGCAACUCGCAAUGAGGAAAAAGUAUCUCUGAAAAAGCAGCUGGACUCAUCCAAUAGUACUGUGGCCAUUUUGCAAAAUGAGAAUAGUAAAUUGCAGCAGGAAGUGGCAGAAUCUAAAAAAGAACAGGAUGACCUUCUGGUUCUUCUGGCUGAUCAAGAUCAGAAAAUAAUUGCAUUAAGGAAUAAGCUCAAGGAACUUGGAGAACCGGUUGAGGAUGAAGAUGAUAUCGAAUCUGGUGACCAAGGUGAAGAUGAUGAAGAGGAGGAUGGAGAAGAAGAGGAGGAAAAUUAAUUGUGCUUAAUUGUGUCAAAUAUGGGAAUCUUUUAAUGAUGUAUCAUAAGAACAAAUGUUGAUGGCCCUUGUAAUGCAAAACACCUGGUUAAGGAAGCAGAAGAAUUGCUAGGUCUAGUUUUGAGUUUCUGAUGUGGUCAAGAAAUGCUAUGUAGCUGAAACAGAAGUCUACCAUUUAAUUUUAACAUGUACAUCCAAACUGAAUUGUUAACACAUUAGAAGCAGUUUUAGAUGCUGUCAAAAGCAUUGAAGGUAACAGUGUGAUGAAUUAAGUGUGUUUCCAUUUGCAUAUGUUCAGUGUGUUUGGCAUUACUUAACUUUCCUUUUUUGGGGUCUUUGAUGUGAUUAAAUAUGGUAUGUAUAUGGUUUAACAUCUGUGGAAUGAAAUCAUUGCCUCCUGUAUUCAGCAGAGAGAGAGGAUUAAUGAGCUCUUUCAUGCUAUUUUUUUAUUAUUAAAAAAAUUAAGAUUAGCAUGGAUAGUUUUGAGCAAGUAAAGGGGGUUAUACCUUUCGGCUUUCCUCUCAAAUGAAUUUCGGAUUGAGAAUAACUGUACAGCAUUGAGUGCCUUGCACCUGAAAUGGCUGCAUUCUGUACCUCAGAAGUAAAAGAGAAGCUAAAACAAUGUAGACGGAUUUUCAUAGAUAAAGAGCAGUAUUUGGUAGCAUGUUAAAGCAGAUCUCUUUUUUUGUGUGUGUGCAAAAAUCCCUUGCAAAAGUGUAAGAUGCUACCAGAUUAUUGCUUUAAAAAGAAACCUUUGUUCUAUUAUUUAGAUGACACACUGAUUCAUCAUAAUUUAUUGACUUUUAUUCCCAGUAGAUGAGAUUUUUAAAAAGAAAAAUUAAAUGCAGUUGCUGCCUCAACUUGCUUUUUGGUAAUAAAAAUAGAUGAUAUAAAGAUUUAGUAUUCAUUUCCUUAAUUUACUUGUAAUUGCUUUUAAUUAGGUUUCUUGAAUGCUACAUUAUCUUGAAUAGCCUUACAUUUAUUUUUUUAGGAAUUUGACUUGUUGAAAUGCUAACAAACAUGGCAUCCUCCUUCAGGAAAACGAGGCAAUUAGUAGUGGGUGUUUUUUUUUGCAAAAUUUGCAAGAGUUUCUAUUUAUUCCAUUGGUAGUUCACAAAACAGUUACUACUAAAUUCUAAAAUUAGCAGGAUUUGGGCCACUACUACAGAGAUAUGUAUUUAAGUUGCUUUAUUUUGUACUUACCAGUUUAUCAAGGUACAGGUAAAAUUAUAAGCUGAGUUGCAGCAAAAUAAAUUUGAAUGCAACCUUGA